UAGAUCGGCGGGAGAGCUGUCAUGGACGGGAGAAGAGCGAGUCUGGGCACCGACACCUGCGACUGAGGUAUGAGCAGCCGCAGAGUUGCCCCUCAACAGGGCAGCCCAUCACUGGGGGCAGGCACAGGAUCGAUGGAGCAGCCAGGGUCAGAGGUCGUGAACCCCUCUGAGGUAACCCAGCGACCAGGAUCAGAGGUCGUGCACCCAACCAUCCGGGUCACCCAGCGACCAGGGUCAGAGGUCUUGAACCCAACGAAGGUAGUCCAGCGGCCAGGAUCAGAAGUCAUGAACCCCACCGUUACAGUAACACAGAGACCAGGAUCAGAGGGCUCCUCCCACUGCACCGUCUUUACGUACUUCAAAGGCGACAUCAACAGUGUGGUGGACGAACACUUCUCUCGAGCGCUGGGGCAAAGGGGACGGUCUGAGACCCCUAGCCAGGCAGGUGAGGAGCUGCGGUCAGUGACAUGGCCACAGGCAACAAUGUGGCCACCGCCGUCCCUGGGAGGGACGUUCCCUGUCACGGGACAAAACACAAGGGAGGGGGUAGUGGCCACAGCCGGGUCACUGCCAGACCAGCGCCCAGUGCCAGGAGCUGGGGCUGCUGAUCCUUGGCUUCUACCAGCUGGAGCCCAGCACAUGGGCGUCCUCUUCCAACCACACCUCCUGCAGCCCCGGAACAUGCUGCCUGCUGUGGACUCGGAGGGACACUAUGGCCUGAGUACAGUCCCCAGCACACUCCCUCCUCGACCGAAGACAGUUGUCCCACACCCCUGGACAGGAAUCUCCCACCAUCACCCCAAGGACAUCAACCCUGAGAGGGGAAUGAGGCCCGAACGAUGGGGGAAUGAGAAAGGCUUUGUGCCGGACACACCCAAGGACAUUUACUGGUACUAGUACUGGCUCCUGCCCAAUUGUCUGCUGCUGUUCCAGUCCUGGAUCUCUCACACAAUCCCCUGGGCCGGACUCGAUCUGAUGCUGGCGGGAUGGACAUUAUGGAUGGAAAGUCUUGUGUCUUCAGCUGGUGUCGGACAUACAAUGUGUGACUUGAGAUCGAGCAUCAUCUACUUUGGCCUGAGGAACACCACACCAACCCUGAGCUCCAGACCCAUGGGACAGACAGUGUACAAAACCAAGGGGUGGGGUGCAGUUCUGUUGGGGGGUGGAGCUCAGUUUACAGGAAGCUGAAGACACUGUCACUAUUGAAGAGGGGGAGUCGGGGACAAUACAGUGACUGGAAUAAGAGGAUCGCAGAGUUCCUAGGGAGUUGAUGAAAGGGAGGGGUGCAGGGACUGGAAGAGGUUACAGAGACGGGGGGGUGGUAUGG